AUGAUAGAAGUUUCUGCUUAUAGUCUAAGAAUUAGAAGUGUUACAGCAGCAAUGAAAGUUUCUGAUGCUGCUAGAUUAUAUUUAAAAGCAGUAGGAACAGUAGAUUUCAAAACAGAAAGUCAAUUACUUGACAAAUAG